AUGGAAAAAGUCGACGUCCUCAUCUGCGGCAGCGGAUCUGCCGGUCUCUGUGCGGCCACUUGGUUGGCACGCUAUGGGGUGCGAUGCAAGGUUCUUGAGCGACGCGAUGGCCCCAUGAAAAUGGGUCAAGCCGAUGGCGUACAGUGUCGCACAGUCGAAAUCUUCGAGAGUUUCGGGGUGGGUGAAGAAUUACUGCGCGAGGCGUAUCACGUCCUCGAGGUCAACUUCUGGGCAGACGACGGCACCGGCACCAUCAAGCGGAUGGGGCGUACUGCGGAUACCCAGCCAGGCCUAUCGCACCAGCCCCAUGUUAUCUUGAACCAGGCGCGUAUCAAUGGGCUUCUUCUGGAGCUUAUGCGGAAGUUCAAUGACCAGAAGAUCGAUUACGGGUACAAUGUCACCCAGGUCGAGGUGGACAGUGCUUUGGCUGCGGAUCACGACGCCUAUCCGAUUACUAUCGCUGCUGAGAAGGCCGGAAAACCAGAAAGGUUUGCAGCGAAAUAUGUGCUGGCUUGCGAUGGGGCACACAGCGUCGUGCGCAAGGCCCUGGGGUACACGAUGAUCGGGGAUAGCAGCGAUGCGGUUUGGGGUGUGAUGGACAUGGUCCCCCGGACCAAUUUCCCCGACAUUCGCAAGAAGACCACGAUCCGCUCUCGGGUAGGAAACCUCCUCAUCAUUCCCCGGGAGGGCGAUAGCGACAACCUCACCCGGUUUUAUAUUGAACUGCCACCGGGCACCAACCCGAAGGAGGUAACGCUGGAGAAUCUUCAGCGUCAGACGCAAAGCAUCUUCAAUCCGUAUUCAGUGGAUUUUGUUGAGACGGUAUGGUGGUCCGCGUACGCAAUCGGCCAACGGCAUGCCGACUUCUUCCACAAAGACUACCGCAUCUUUCUGGCCGGAGAUGCUUGCCACACUCACUCGCCCAAGGCCGGACAGGGCAUGAAUGUCAGCUUGCAGGAUGGAUACAACAUUGGCUGGAAGCUUGGCGAGAUCUUGACCGGUCUAGCGAGCCCUUCAUUGCUCGAGACAUACGUUGUGGAACGUCAGAAAGUUGCCAUCGAUUUAAUUAAUUUUGAUCGCCGAUUCUCCAAGCUCUUCUCGUCUGGAGGUCAUGCCACUCCGGCAGAGUUUCAAGAAGGCUUCAUCAAGGCUGGAAAAUAUACCGCUGGUUUGACGGCAAAAUACGAUGUGUCUUCCAUCACGGCCGCAGCGGAAUUAACCCGGCUGGCCACCAAUGUGGUUGUGGGUAUGCGACUGCCGAGCGCGCAAGUCGUUCGCUUCUGCGACUCAAAGCCCAUGCAGCUCAUGAAAGCUCUUCAAUCAGAUGGCCGGUGGCGAAUUAUGAUCUUCACGGGGGAUCUUACUGCACCAGAGAACCGGACAAAUUUGACCGCGCUUGGGGAAUACCUGAACUCGCGCGAUGGGCCAAUCCACACCUUCACGCCUCUGUCAAAAGACGCCGACAGUGUUAUCGAAACAAUUGUGGUGGGCCACGGGAAGCGUCACGAUGUGGAACUGGAGCAGAUCCCCGAGUCUUUCUAUCCGGUGGUUGGCAAGAAUCAAACUCGCGAUCUGCAUAAGAUCUACUAUGAUGAUGAGAGCUACAACCAAGGCCACGGGCAGGCAUACAAAUUCCUAGGCAUUGACCCAACGCAGGGUGCCAUCAUCAUCGUCCGUCCUGAUCAAUAUGUAUCCGCCGUGUUGGACAUGCACGACUAUCCUGCGGUUGGCAAAUUCUUUGCAGGGUUUCUGAAACCUCAAAAGUAG